CACCGCACCAAAACCUAUAUCAACUGCAAUCGAUUUCACAACUCACAAUUUUGCUGCAUUCAUUUCCUUCUCUCCAAAAAUGGCGGAUAUUUUCCUCCCUAACCACCAACUCUCUCUCUUCUUCUCCCAAUUCAAACUCAGAAGAUUUGAUGAUUCUACGCUGCGAAUUCUGGAGUUGAUUCUAUCAUCAAAGGACGUGAAGUUAUUGCUCGAUUUUCGAAGUAGAUUGAAAGAAUAUCUUAGGUCAGAAUCUCUCAUUGUCAUCCACGAAGCUUCAGAAAGAUCAGUCGAACAAAAGCUAUUGAUUCUCGAUUUUCUAGUUCGUGCUUUUGCGAUCGUCGGUGACGUUGAGAGUUGCUUGGCUGUGAGAUAUGAGGGUUUAGUUAUGCGUGAUUCGUGGACAAUUAAUCAUCCGGAGCUGCGAGUUUUAUGCUGUGAAUGGAUGAAUUUUGCUGAAGAUGCCUUUAACAAUGAUUUUUACUCGGUCACUGCAAAGGCAUGUGAAUAUGCUCUUUUGUGUCUUAAUGUCAAAAGUGACUUCAAUUGUGACAAUCUCUCUGAAAGUGCGAGUACCAUCAAUAGAAUACAGAGGCUUAAGGACACUGCCAUCAGAUUAUCUACUUGCCAUUCUGUUCAGGGGCAAGCCACAGAGUACAUGAAAAAGAAAACUUUGUGCAUUAAACAGUCUUCACUUUCUAAAGAGGCAAAAUGUACUGCAAGCAUAAGCUUUAGAGAUGGGAUCAAGCAGCAGAAUGUACGUAACUUGUUGCUUUUCAAAAAUCAGUAGCAAGCCCAGAGGAAUUUCCAGAUUUCAGUUAUUGC